UUCCAAGGUGACGGGAUCCCUCCUCCUCCUCCUCCUCCUCGUCGUCGUCCUCCUCCUCCUCCUCCUCUUCCUCUCAUUCUCAUCAUCUUCGGUGUGUCCACUUGCUCGUUAUCGUUGGCAUCAGGAUGGCAGAUAAAGGAACCAGAGUUUUUAAAAAAGCCAGUCCCAACGGGAAGCUCACCGUCUACCUGGGCAAGAGGGACUUUGUGGACCACGUGGAGCGGGUGGAGCCCGUCGAUGGCGUCAUCCUGAUCGACCCCGAGUACUUGAAGGAGAGAAAAGUGUUUGUCACGCUCACCUGCGCUUUCCGAUACGGGCGCGAAGAUUUGGACGUGCUGGGCUUGACCUUUCGCAAAGAUUUGUUUGUGGCCAACGAGCAGGUGUUUCCCGCUCUUGGCGACCAGAAGACCCCCUUGACUCGUUUGCAGGAGCGCCUGAUGAAGAAACUGGGAGAGCACGCCUACCCGUUCACAUUGCAGAUCCCGCUCAACCUGCCGUGUUCUGUGACGCUGCAGCCGGGCCCGGAGGACACCGGGAAGGCCUGCGGCGUGGAUUUUGAAGUCAAAGUGUUUUGUGCGGACAACGCUGAGGAAAAGAUCCACAAAAGUAGCGGCGGCGGCAACGGCAGGAACUCCGUUCGGCUGGUGAUCCGCAAGAUUCAGUUUGCGCCGGAGAAAGCCGGGCCUCAGCCCAGCGCCGAGAUCACCCGCCACUUCCUGAUGUCGGACAAACCUCUGCACCUGGAGGCGUCCCUGGACAAGCAGAUUUACUACCACGGAGAGCCCAUCAGCGUCAACGUUCACGUCACCAACAACACCAACAAGACGGUCAAGAAGAUGAAGGUGUCAGUGCGACAAUACGCCGACAUCUGCCUCUUCAACACGGCGCAGUACAAAUGUCCCGUGGCCUGGCAAGAGUCCGAUGACGUGGUGGCUUCCAGUUCCACCUUGUGCAAGGUUUUCACCCUGACGCCGUUUCUGUCCAACAAUCGAGAGAAGCGAGGCCUGGCGCUGGACGGCAAGUUGAAGCACGAAGACACCAACUUGGCUUCCAGCACGCAAUUGCGGGAGGGCGCCGACAAGGAGAUGUUGGGCAUCGUGGUGUCGUACAAAGUCAAAGUCAAGCUGCUGGUUUCUCGAGGCGGGCUCCUGGGAGACCUGGCCCCCAGUGACGUGUCGCUGGAACUUCCCUUCACGCUGAUGCACCCCAAGCCUUGGGAGGAGUCGCUUGACGGCGAAGAGACUGCUGACGAAGCCCAGAGCGACACUAACCUGAUCCAGUUUGAUGCCAACGCUGACGACGACAUCAUCUUUGAAGACUUUGCCCGUCAACGGCUUAUCGGCGCGAAAGACGACGAGGACGAAGAGGCGGCGGAGGUCAACGACAGAUAGAGCCGGCCGGGAAGGGCGGGCGAGAGUGGGGGCGCCGUCCGACCGCCCGCUUGCAGGUCCAGCAGGUCCCGGAAACGCUCUGCUCGUUUGUCUCCUCCAACACGCGCGUCUGCCUCGUUAGCUUAGUCGGACGGACGACAACCCGGGCAAAGGUUCGGCGUCAUUCCACGGCCGAUCGGAUUUUGCUUUGAACAUCCCCGUGCACGCGCGUUCGCUUUGGCACGGGAGAUGGAUACGUUUUCAUGGUCGGCGCUCGAUUGCUUUCCCUGUCGCGUUGCGGAAUAGUUGAACGUGCGCGGCUUCAUUCCGAAGACCUCCUCCGUCGGGGGGUGUAGAAACCAGUUCGCGCCUUGCACCCGAACAGGGGACACAACUUGAUCAAUAGCGUCAAAUGAUUGCCAGUUCGAUACACUUUGUCAAGUAACCGCUCUUUGUACCUACAUGCGGAUGGAUCCAAAUAAAGCACGUUAAUGUUA